AACCUUCCGCACGCCUGCGCAGUGUGCGUUGUUCCGCUGUGAUAAACAUACGUCAGACGGGAGUCUUCGUCGAGUCAAAACAAAACAAAAAAAAAACUACGAGGGACGAAGAAUCUGGUUCCAGAGAUUGGGAAUAACGAGCGGAGGUUCGCGAAAUCGUUUUUUGUUUGUUUUUUGUAAGUGUUAUUACGUAUUGAACCGAAGCCGGAGUGAAGCUCGCUGCGGUUUUUAACUCGAGUCGAAGGUGUUUGUUCGGUCGGGAGGGAGGGAGUGCGCGAGAGGGGCUUCUGCUGGGAAGCGCGAGGCUGCAGUGUGCUGGAAGAACAUGGCAGAUAGCAACACGCGCCAGCCUCCACCGCCGGUCUUGCAAACUUAAAAAAACAACAACAGCUUGCAAUUUUUUUCAUGCCAUUUAUUGAAGCUUUUCAAACCAUUUUUAGCUUUUUGUUUUAGGAAUCCAUACUUGCUGCUGGUGCCGCUAAUAUAAUACUCCGCGAGUGACACAGCAAGGCGCUGAAUUGCAUAUAUGUUUUUCAUAACUCCCGAACGGAUUAUGUUCUCUGAAAAGCGCGGAGGUAAUUUUGGGACAAUUUAAUAAUAACAUUUGAACUUCACACCAAAGAAGGAUCUGAGCGGUUUUUUUGGAUGCAACGAGACUGGAUUGUACAGUUCUGCGGUGAAUGGGUCGGAGUAGUUAUUCACACGCCGCUGGCUGACUUGUUGAGUUGAGCAAAAUAAUCUUGAGCCGGACUUUCUGUACUUUGGAGGGUUUUGCUGUGAAGGUGCGAUGCGGAGUUUUUUGGAUGCUGCUGGUAAUCUGUUAUGAAAUUGGGAGCCACCGUGCUUAAACCCCGAGACUGGAAGCUGUCACUCAGCCCCCUCACCUGUGACACCGCUGUGCUGGAUGUCUCGUAGUCAUACCUGCUGAUCUGCUAAAGAGAUCCCGUUGGUUGCACGCUGUUGUACAGUGUUUUUAUUGCUCUAUGCAAAUAUAUAAAGUAUAUAUUUUAAAGUCUAUAAUUCUCAUUUAAAAACACGUUGAAUUGGAAGUCUAAGCACAAUAAAUAGGCUUGCUUUGGUAACUGUAUCUGAAUUAUUAAUGGCGAAUGCCACCUGUUCGUUCUGAAGGAGUUUAAUGCACAGCCGUCAGUUUUCAUAUUGCUCCUUGUUUUUGCAUUCAGGAAUACUCGAGGCAGCUGUUUUAUCAAGGGGGCGAUUCAAUAAACCCAUUAAACACGUCGAUUAACACACGGAGCUGCCGGCGCCAGUUUUAGCUUCUUUCUUGGUAAACGUAUCGGAUACGGGACUCGUUUGUUUUCACGGAUGUAAACAGCACUGUCCAGAUGUUUUAAUUCACCGACUCAUUGAAGAAUUUCUUUUGUGUCUGGAUUUUUUUUUAAUGCCACAAACAGAAACCGCGUGUCCUGCCUGCUGAUCACGUCUGCCAGUAAAGCGGCAGGUUUUACUAUUAAGGAGAUUACUAUUCCCUUUAAUCUCCGAUCCGUGGUUUUGCGCUUCAGCGCAGCAUGCAGAUUACAAGCAUGUUUUAACCCUGCCGUUCUGUAGGAAUCUCCUUUAUGCAGAGGAUGGUGACUCAAAUGAGUAAUCAGGACUUAGGUGCAGCUUCCUGAACACGCGUGACAUCUUUUAUAGUCAUUAUUAUUAUUAUUAUUAUUAUUAUUAUUAUUAGUCUUUGGCAAUGCCAUGUUGAUACAAUACUUUUUGGGGACGUUUUAAAGCAUUUAAAAAAAAAAAAUUCUAAAACUGGUUUGAAUUAUUAUAAAUAUAUAUAGUAAAUAGCUCGCAUUCAAGAAAAAAAAAACUAUGGAGGAAGAGCAGACAACCGCAGUUGAAAUCGACCCGGACUUUGAGCCUCAAAGUCGCCCGAGAUCAUGCACCUGGCCUCUGCCUCGGCCCGACAUAUCCACUGUCAAACAGGAGGGGGGCGAUGGGGCGGAGUCUGCCGCGGGGACCCCGCCCACUGAGGAAGAGAAGCAGGAGCCUCUGCCAAUCAUUUCAGAGCCUGAGACAGUAGCGGUGCCCGAGGGCGGAGUUCAAGCGGGGGUGGGCGGGGCUACCCCGAGGAAAGGCUCCUCCCGCCGGAAUGCCUGGGGGAAUCAGUCCUAUGCAGAGCUAAUCAGUCAAGCCAUCGAAAACUCCCCUGAAAAAAGACUGACCCUUGCCCAGAUAUAUGACUGGAUGGUCAAAACAGUGCCUUACUUCAAGGACAAAGGGGACAGCAACAGCUCUGCAGGAUGGAAGAACUCCAUCCGCCACAACCUGUCUCUGCACAACAAGUUCCUGCGCAUGCACAACGAGUCGACCGGCAAGAGCUCCUGGUGGAUGCUGAACCCGGAGGGGGGGAAGACCGGCAAAUCUCCCAGGCGUCGCGCAGCCUCCAUGGAUAACAGCAGCAAGCUCCUGAAGAGCCGAAUCCGCGCAGCCAAGACUAAGAAGGCAGCCGCCGCCGCCGCUGAGGGGCCAGGCGGGGGUGCAGACAGUCCCAGCGGAGGCUCCCAGCAGCAGCUCCCCAAGUGGGGCGUCAGCAGCAGCAGCCCCUCGUCCCGCGGCAGCCUGGACGACCCCGAUAUCUGGACCAGCUUCCGGCCUCGCACCAGCUCCAACGCCAGCACCCUGAGCGGCCGGCUGUCCCCCAUCGCCCCCGGGCACGAGGACGACGAAGGCCUGGACGAGGACGACCUCCACUCCACCCUGGCUACCUACUCGGCCACCAGCGUGCCGCCCACCCUCACCGAGACCCUGCUGGAGGAGCUGGAGCUCAUCGACGGCCUCAAUCUCAUGUCAUCUCAGCAGCAGCAGCACAGCAACAGCAGCCCCUCCGCCAGCUCUCCCGGCACCACUGCCCUCCCCUCGGCAGCCACCCUGCUCCCGAGGAGCGCCAGCUUCUCCUCCUAUCGGCAGCUCCAGCAGAACAAACGGGAGCAAGCCGCGGUAGCGGCGGCAGCAGCAGUGUCGGUGGCACAGGCGAUGCAGCAGAACAAAAACGCAGGCAGCACCGCCACCGCCAACUUUGGCAACUCUCUGUUCAAGCCCUUGCCCAGCCCUGCUGGCGCCAAUAGGGUGGGAGGGCGCUUCGGAGGCAGUGUGGGCAGAACCGAGCGCCUUCCCUCCAGCCUAGAGGCCCUCCUGACCUCCGACUCGCCGCCUCCCAGCGAUGUCAUGAUGACCCAGGUUGACCCCUUGAUGCCGAGCCAGAGUGCUUCCAACCUGCUGAUCCUGGAUGGCCAGCUGAGCCGAGGGAAAGCGGCAGGGCAGCAGCAGCAGCAGCAGCAGCAGCUUUUAGGGAAGAGCCAGGAGCAGGGCUCCCUACUGACCAUGUCACUCCAGCAGCAGCAGCAACAAUACCGAGCCCAGCUGGGGAAUUCUGUCCAGCAGCUGGGAUUGGAAAUGCUGGUCCCGGGAAUGGGCCAGGACUCUGCCCACCUGGCGGCUCUGAAGGCCCAGCUGGCCCAGGGUCCCGGCAGCCCCUCGGCUGGGCCGCUCCUGGGCGGGAUGCCCUCCUCGUCUGCUGGGGGGCUCCCUGGAAUGGGCCCCUUCGGAAGCUCCGGGUGCUUCCUCACAGGACAGGACAAGCUGCCCACCGACCUGGACAUUGACAUGUUCACGGAGAACCUGGAUUGCGACGUGGAUUACAUCAUCAACAGCGACCUCAUGGAUGGAGAGGGUAUGGACUUCAACUUCGACCCCAUCCUGAACACCAAUCCGAGCUACCCCAGCCCUGCCACCAGCCAGGCCUCCUCCCACAGCUGGGUUCCCAGUUAGUCCCUCAACGCCCCUUGCAGGAUUCUCCAGAGCCCCAGACCCCAUGCAGUUCCUUCAUGCCGCUGUGUGGACUGGAAGCUGAACUCACAACCCUCGCAGCAGCUUCGUAAGGGUUAUGAAGACACUUGGCCAUACAAAUCACUGCACAGAUAUUUACAAUAUAUAUAUAUAUAUAUAUAUAUAUAUACACACACACACACACACACACACACAUAUUGUCCGGACCUCAUGUUUGUGUCAUCUGCCAACCAAAAAAAAUGAAUUUCAGCUUCCCUGAACACAUUUUGAUGAGAAUGCGACAGAGAGAGAGGUGCUGUGCAGCCUGGCACCCCGUGCUGUAGAGUGAACGUUGUGUUCCUGUAUUCCCUCCAGCAUGGAUCUCAGCAGCCUGCUGUUUUGACAGAAUGCAGACGGCUCAGUACAUGGUGAUUGUGGGUGGGAUUGCCGGCACAAUGAGACACUAGCCUGCCGCUGCUGCAGUGAGUUUGCUGGUCUGCACACACAAGGCAGCACCUCGCGGCACAGCUUGUGUUUAAUUAGCACAGAUUGGGAGGAAGGGUCACUCAGCGGGGAAUGCUUUUGUUUGUUUCGUGUGUUUGUUGUAUCCCUUUUAUUACUUUCAGCGUUUAAAAUAGGUGGUACGAUUUGGGGUGUCUUUUAAAUAUGGUGACAUUAAUAAAUAAAGAAGCCCACCGAUCCUUUCCCGUGGGAAGAAACUAGACUGAACAGAACAAAGCCUUUGCUGUUCUCUGCCUGCGCGUCAUUUGGAGUGUGGUGUUGGCGCACCAGGGCUUAGCAACCGAUUCAGCAACAGGCUGAGGUCUGUACAAAAAAUAAAAGAAUCUAUUCUGGAAUGCAACCCAAUGAAUUUAGUCUGAGUUCUAGAGCAUUCCGAAAUACUGUUCUAGAACUCAUCGGAUGAUCUUUUUGCAAUUAAAAAAAAAUAAUAAUUGAAAUUGCUUUUGUUCUUUGUACAGUGCAACAUGUAAAUAGCUUUAUAAACCCAAGUCUUUUAAAAAGGAGAAAAGGUACCAUUCACUUUUAACAUUAUUUUCAAUGUAUUUUAUAAGCAAACGAAUCAGGCAGCUCAUUCUCACCCUUAUUCCAGAAGGGUUAGGCUGGAGCUGGAUUUUAGAGAAUGGCUUGUUUUCUAUUCUUGAAAUGAUUUAUUUUCUGUAUACUAACCUUAUUUUGUAAGAAAUUACUUCAGUACGUGAAACAAGUAUUUUUGACAAUAGUAUAAUCAAGAUUGAGGUAAACUAGCUAAAUAUUGCAUUUAAAGAGAUUAUACAUUUAUAUUAAAAAAAAAAAAAAUUACUAAAACGGGCAGAGAGAACUAACAGUUUCAGCCCAUUUUUAACGGUCGUUUUCUAUAUAUUCUUUUAUUUUGUAAAAGAUAAAAUCAGUGUAGAUUUGUACAUAACCGAACAAACACUAAUUUGACUGCGUACAGAAUAGGAACAAAAUGGAGAAAAGUAUUUCAGCAUCAAUAAGCUUACAAUUGCUUAAAAGCAAAUGCAUUUUAAAAAUGAAAUAAGCAGGUUUGCAGAGUGAGCUUGAAGGAUGGAGCAGCGAGAUCGCUUUAUUAAUAUUACCAGGAGAGCCUACGGUUGACCCGAUUUUAAGAAGCAUUCGUGUCUGAAACGUGCACAAACUCCCGUUUGCAUCAUCAGGGACAUGUGCAAAAAAAAAAAAAAAAGUGACCCACAAUGUCAUUCACAGAGGACUGCAGUCCACUGAGUGACCCACAAUGUCAUUCACAGAGGACUGCAGUCCACUGAGUGACCCACAAUGUCAUUCACAGAGGACUGCAGUCCACUGAGUGACCCACAGUGUCAUUCACAUCUCUAUACAGGGCAUGUGUUGGGUUUCGUAGGUCCAUCAAGCACUCCUCAGCUGCUUCAUUUUGAAGCAGUUUUCAUCACGUCUUGUUAGACAGAACCUGUUUGAAAUCUGCUUAAACGUGAACUAGCCAUUAACUCUCAGGGUGGUUACAAAUGAAAAGCAUUGGCUGGUUAUGAGGAUUAUGAAGAUGAUGAUGAUGAUAAUAAGACAAAAACAUUCAUGUUUGCUAUAUAUUGUUUUACAAAAACAAAACAGCUUGCAAAAGGGAGAACGAAAUAUAUAAAAUAUAUAAAUCUGUUUUCUUCCCUGAAAAUAUUUUAUUUGUUUACAAAAUGAAGAAAAAAAAAACAACGGAUGCAACAGAGCGACUUCUGAACCACGGAAGAGUUUCACUUUGUUUCUUAUUAAUCACGUUGCUGUUUGUGAUUCUUCAUGUGGCUGGGUGGCUUGAGACUGUAAAUGGCAUUGUUGUUGUUGUUGUUAUAUUUUAAAGAGUAUUGCUGAAACUCCUUUGUUUGAUCACAUGCUUGAUAUAGCGGAGCUGAACUGUUGUAGGAGCACCAGGGCUGAAUCAGUGCAACGUGAACGUGCCCUAAAAGAGUGAGUGCGUUCCUGACAGUGCCUGUACCUGUACAUUACAGACAGGUGCACAGCCUUCAACAGAUAACAUCCACACCAACUGCAGUGCAGUGUGUCAACUCAGUGUGCAGGGCAGUGGGGUUUCAAACGCAGCACUGACUGUGGCUGCGUUUGAAUUGCAAUACCACAGUUCUCUUUACUGAGGCCACCAAGUAACAAAUAACUAAAUCUGAGGGCACACCAAGCCACGUUUCCAGGGACAGCGGCUUGAAACUUGGUUCCAGGAGACCUCGUUUGAGGCAACUUUGCCGUAUCAAACCCCAAGUCGACUGAAACCUAGUCUCCUGAAACCAAGCUCCAAGACACAAAGUGGCUUUGUGUUCCCUCAGCUUUAGAUUUGAUAAAUAUAAUGUGCAACUUUAGCUGUUUCAGCGUAGCAUAAUCACAGCCGUCUUUUUUUCAGAUUAUGUUGUUUGGUACUUUUAAAAUUUAAAAAUGUAAUCCCGGUUGCAGACCUGCUCAGUCUGGCUGCUCCUGGUGUGUUCUCUCGGGAGGUGGUUUUGCCAGUGGAUUGUGUAUUAAUAUUAAUCUUUUCAUGUUUUGUAUUAUUUUUUUUUUUUCAACAAGUUGAAAAGUAGUUUAAACACAAAGCUGUACUCAUCCCUUGUUUUUUGAUUCUUCAUCGUUUUAGUUGUUAUUGAGGGUAGACUUUUGGGGAGUUGUGCAUAGCCAAGCCGUGUAAAAUGUAAUCGUUUCAUUUUAAUUCAGGAUAUGUUUGUGUUUUGUUUUUUACCUCUCCAAAUCCCGCUUUACAUAUUGUAAAGUUAUCUAAGAUAUGUCUGAUUGUGGAAGAAAAAACCAGGAAAUUCGGCAUCGUUGUUUAACAAAUUAAAAUGAAUUUUUAUCUAAA